AUUUGGCAUCUGCCAAAAAGUUGGUUAGUGGUUCGAUUAUAAUUUUAUUUACAUCUAAUUCAUAGUUGCAUUACAUGUAAUAUAUUACAAUAGUAAAUAUUUUAAAUCUUAAUGAAUUUUACGCUCUGAUGAACUAGUUUUAAAAUACAUUGUACAAAGCAAAUUUUUUUAAUCCAUGUGUUGAGGUUGUACGAGAAGAUGUCAGUGAUAGAAUAAUUACGCUUACGAUACCAUGUUGGGUGUUUGUGUUACACGAGACAUUAUUUAUUAAUGUUGGUGUAAAUAGUUUUUAUUCAUGUCAUUAAUAUAAUUAUCGUCCAUGAGCAAUAAAGCUGGUACUAAUGGCGGUCAGCCACCAAUACCAGGCCAGCCAGCUGCAAGAAAUGAAGGAGAUGUGACAAACACAGAUAAUGCAGAGAAACAGAAAGAUUUUUGCCGGGAUUUCAUAUGGGGGCAGUGUAACAAGGGUGCACAGUGCAAGUAUCGUCAUGAACUUGUGUUUGAGGUUAUGAAAAAGACUUUGAAGUUCUGUCACGACUUCCAAAAUUCUUCUGGGUGUACCCGUGAGCUCUGUACAUAUUUGCACGCGAGUAAAGACGAGCAGAGUUUGUUUAAAGCGACGGGGCAAUUGCCGCAAGUGUUGCUGCAACGUCACGCAAACAUGUCUGCAGCCUCCGGUGCUGAAACUAUUCCACAGAUUGCAUUGUAUAUACAAGAGAGCUUAGCGGGUCCACCGCCACCGCCGCCACCACCGCCUUUGCCUGUAACUAAUCCUGUGGCUGUAAGCAUUGCUCCACUUGCACCUGGCCCAGUGUACCCUCGUCCACAUAUGACGAUAGCGCCGAUGGCCCCUCGUCCUGCGCCAAUGAUGCCCAUUCAACAGCCUCCUCCACCCCCACCCCCGACAACAGCGCAAAGUACUCCAGUUCGACAAAGGGCACCAGUAUUUACAGUUUCAGCACAACCAGCAUAUCCACCAGCCAAUCCAGGAUAUUCAAUGCCCCAACCGCCUCCACCUGUAAUACCACUAUAUGAUGCUAGUAAACCACCACCACCAUUGAUGGCAAUGCAUAGCCAACAGGCAAGUGGAACAAGUAAAAGGAGACCAGAUGAUGAAACUAUUACAGCUCCACCAAACAAGGUCAAGAAAGGAGAGGACGCCAAAACUGCAGACAUGCUCUGUGAACAAUGUGUGCAAAGGGAGCUAAGGAUUGAGGCUCUUCGGAAGCAAUUGGACGGCAUUUCUGAAGAAGAAGAGUAUGAAAUUUUGAUGUAUAAAAAAAAGUUUGAUGAGUACGAACAGCUAAAAGAAAUACUGAAAUCUCUGAUCAGUACUGACUUGUUUCAGAAAUUUAUUCAAGACAAUGUGGAGGGAACGCCACAAAAUCCGUUUCAAAAUUUGUUUACUCAAUCAGCAUUUUCAACUGGAGUUUCAACUGUCCCUAACCACUUUUUAUUACAACUUAUGGAUUACGUAAUGACUGACGCAAGAGGCGUUGAUUUAACUCCACCAUUUUCGCAACCCUUUGAUGAAACAUUUAUUCAAGCAUUAUCUUCUCUGCCUAGGAAACCAAAUCCUGUCAAAAUUAUAUAUAAUAAUCAUAGUAAUAGUACGAAUAAUAAUAGUACUAAUGCGCCCCCUGAGGUACUUCAAACGCUAGUGGACAUAUUGCGUCAGUAUAACGCAUCUGAUAAAUCGCCGCCACCAGAAUCUAACGAUGCAAACAAAAACGCAAGCACAAGUAAUAGCACCACAAAUGGUUCCCAAUCCUAUCCAAACAGACAAGAGGCACCUGCACCUGUGACGGUGACGGUGAAUUCAAAUCAUAUGUUUCCAUCACAAACGGGAACUCUACCUGGGGUCUCCAAUGCUCCAGUUUUCGCGCCUCAGGCAUCAUCCGCACCGCCACCCUACCAGCCGUAUCAGCCAAUGCCACCGACCGGGCAUUACUAUCCACCACCAUACACGCCCAUGGGUAUGCCAGCAGCUCACGACAUCCACACGACAAAACCUCAUGUUCCUGUAACGCUGGCCCCCGCGCCGCCACCCCCCGCACCGCUCGCUCCCACGCCCCUCGCCCCCGCCGCGCCGCCCGCCCCCGCACCUCUACACCAGCCGACACACUACACAAUGGGCCGCUACCCACCACCAUACUACCGGCAUCAAUAACAUCACGAGUUCCUGAGUAGCAGCGUGGAGGGGGAAAGCUGAUGGUGUUACCGUCGAAUCACAUUUGAGAGCAGCGCUACGGGUCUCCCUUUCAAAUGAAAAGCAGUCUGAACAAUUCCAAGUGUGCUCCUCAUGUUUUUCGAUAUUUACAGACGAUUGAUACCUUAUUUAUCAGUUUAUAAAAAAAUACUACAGGAUGUUUUACCGCCAUGCUAAUUACUAAAGCCUGGUUUCUAUCGGAACAAACCAAUAAUAGUGGUUUGCGUUUGCGUUUCCACCAACAAAUAGUUUUGCUUGUUUAUUUCCACAACACUGCCGUGCCAUGACAAAGCAAUGUAUUUACGUAACAUCUACAAAAAGUCAUUACAGUUGUUUGUUUUUAGUCCCUUACUAAACUUCGGUGUAUGCAUUUCUAUUUGUAUAUGUGUAUUUAAAUGCCAGUAUUAUGUAAAUUACGACCGUGAUAGCCUAGUGGAUAUGACAUCUACCUUCGAUUCGGAGGGCGUAGGUUUUAUUCUGGUCAGGGCAUUCACCGCCAACUUUUCAGUUGUGUGCAUUUUAAGAACUUAAAUAUGACGUGUCUCAAACGGUGAAGGAAAACAUCGUGAGGAAACCUGCAUAUCAGAGAAAUUUUCUAACCCUCUGCGUGUGUGAAAUAUGCCAAUCCGCAUUGGGCCAGCGUGGCGGACUAUUGGCCUUACCCCUCUCAUUCUGAGACGAGACUCGAUCUCAGCAGUGAGACGUAUAUGGGUUGUUAAUGAUGACGAUUAUGUAAUCUUGUGGGAAGACUUAUAUAUAAUAAUGUUCCAGAAUAUACUGUGUUGUCAUAUCACGGCAAAACAGAGAAAUGAGAAAGGAAUGAGCGGGGAGAGCUGAACGCAAAAUUAACAGUCAACCCUAGUGUAGUGUAAUAGGCUAUAUUUUACACUUUCGAGCAGUGUCUGUAGCCAUGCGGCACGUCUAUUCUCUUUCUACAAACGCUAACGCUUCGAAAAUUAAAAAAUGUAUGGGAUGACAUUCACUAUCGACAAUCGAUAAGUUGUCAAUCGGCUCUGUCAUACAUUUUGCUGGUUUUUGAAACGUUGGCGUUUGUAGAAAGAGAAUAGACGUCCACAUGGCUACGGGCUCAGCUUCGUUAACCUCUUUCUCUAUAGAUACGCUACCAUGAAUUGUAUAUUUUGAGAAGAGUUAUUACGAAGCCUGUUCAACUUUGAAUAACAUCACUUUCCCAUGAACUGAGUGAGUUAUUUUCAACAUUUUCUGCUUGUUCAUUCAGCUGGACUAUUUGUUGGUAGAAAUACAAGUAUGCAGUUGACACUUAUAAGUAAGACAGAGUCCUCUAAGGUGUCUAUCCAUAGUGGAAGCAUUGCUGUAUUUCUGUUUAUCAAUUUAAAAGGUAUGGUUAUCGCUGAAACUACCAGCAUCUGAAAUUUAACAGUUAUAUCUAAGAGAGAACUUUCAGAAGGGUAUAUUAUAAGUGAAAAUGUAUCUAGUAGUUGUAAAGUAAAUCUAAGCACGAGUAUAUACGUUUUAAAAAUUCCUAUUAAUUCAAUGUAGUAAGAUUUAAGUCGUUCUAAUGCAGAAAUGCAUUUUUAACUCGAGUUUCGUUUUUAAAGUGAGAAUAUUAAUACUUACACUAGAGUUAGGAAUCAAACCUAGGACCUGUCAGUAACAAAGAGAAUGUCAUAUACAUAUGAAUCUCCCAAAAAUUCUUAAAUUUUAGUUAUUACACAGAUGACACAAUAAGCCUUAAAUAUUGUAUUUAGUAUUAAUAUGUAAAAUAAUUCUAAAUAAUAUUUAACUUAAAAGAGAGGACAGUUUAGAUUGAUAUAGAAAGAUUUAAGUAAUAAAAGUUUAUACAUAAUUUCACAAUUUUAUAAAUGGUUAAGUUUAUUUUAAGUGUAGAUUAAGUGAAAGAAUUGGAUUAGUAAGUAUUUUAUAAGAUAGUAUUGUAAGUUGUGUAUAUGUUACCGUUAAAUUGUAAAAUACGUUAGUUUAUAAUCUCACUCGUGAUAUUAUAAUCUACCGACAUAUUGAAAACUGAAAAUACUGAUUACAAUUUAACGUGUUCUUUUUCGAUAUAUUAUAAUCUAUCGGAAGUGAAAACGUUAAAUUGCAAUCUUAAACGUCAACUGUCUGAAAAUGCCCCUGAUUGAUCGGCCUUACAGCAGACCGUUUUGUGUCCAUAGAGUUAGGAAUGAAACACAUAUCUCAGUCAAAUAAAAUACUCCAAGAAUUGUGACAUCACAUAUUUAUUUAUUAUUUAUUGUACCUAAAGAAUGACCUAAGUAGCACCCGAAUUGUCAUGUUUUAACCUAACCUAAACUAACCUAACUUUAGAUUUUACUAAAUUAUACUUAUAAUUAACAAUAACAACAUUUUAAUGACGGAAGAACAGUGUUUUGAAUUAAGUGCUUAAAAAAAUUAGUAAACGCACUGGCCACCCCUCCGAGAUUCUUUCUUUUUCUUUUUUCUUUGAUUUGUCCAUUGUAAUUUUUUACUAUUUUUAUUAUACCCACUGUAAUAUUUUUGUAACUAUGGUAAAUUUAUCCUGAUUGACAAUUUAACGGUUUCACUUCCAAUAGAUUAUAAUAUACCGAAAAAUAACACGUUAAAUUGUAAUCAGUAUUUUCAGUUCACAAUAUUAAUAUAUAAAAAUCAAUAUAUGAAAAUCAGUGCUGCAUACUUUUUUUAUUGAAAGUAUGCGGCAAAAUGCUGAGUUGGGGCCUUUUUCUAGGUUGUGCCACAUAUUACAGGGCAUUCUUUAGUGCUCCACUGUUUGAGUGGACAGUUAAGCCAUAAUAUGUUAUAAUUUAGAUUUAAUGUGAUAUGUGGCAUUACUUAAAAAUAAAGAUCUUUUCUUUUCUUUCUUUAUUACAGCAGAUUAUAAUAUCACGAGUGAGAUUAUAAACUAACGUAUUUUACAAUCUAACGGUGACAUAUACAACAUAAGAAACAAAGUACUGUAUAUGCAUUAUAUUAGUUUGUUGCUUAUGUACGAUGAGUAUGGUUGUCAUACAUAAUAGUUCAGGAACCGUGCAACAUUUUUACAAUUGAUUACUAUCAAGUUAAUUUUCCGUGAAUAGCUUCAUCUUGAUGAGACGCUCAACUUUUUAAUUUACGAAAAUCUUGAAUCUUCUGGUAGCUAACUGGGUUACCAGGUAAUGAAAAAAUUCUGAGAGUCAGAACGAGAUGAUACCACGAAAUUUGUAGAACGUUGUGGCUGUUAAGUUGUAUCACCAUUAUUUAACCAACAGUAAAAAAAACAGCUGGUUAGUACCAAAUUUUAAUAACCUCGUUAUUGACACAAGUUUGGAGUAGGGGAGUUUACCAAAAGUUGUUACUAACCAGAUGUUUUUUACUGUUGCUUAAUUAAUAGUUAUACAAUUUAACAGCUACAAUGUCUCACAAAUUGCGUGAUACAUUAUCUCGUUCCGACGCUCAGAAAUUUUCAUUACCUGGCAACCCAGUUAGCUACCAGAAUUAAGAAUUUGCGUAAAUAAAAAAUUGAGCGUCUAAUCAUGAUGAAGCUUAACUUGAUAGUAAUAAAUUAUAAAAAUGUUCCAUGGAUGGAUGGAUGGCUAUAUAUAUAUAUAUAUAUAUAUAUAUUAAUAAUUUGUUUUAAAAACCAAAAAAUAACAUUUUAUUUUUCAAAAAAACUAAAUCACAAAUGUACAAAUACCAAAUAUAUCAGGACGUUAUUUUCUAUUUACACCAUUUGACCAUUUUAGUACUGACUUACUCAAAGAGUAUCACCCUCUUUAAUUUUUAAACCAUAUUCACUAUCGUAUUUUAAUGCAUUUUUUUUAGUAGUUUAGUUUUACAAUUUUCUGUUAUGACGAUUCUGAAAAGAUGAAAUUUAUUUUAAGAUUAAGAGUCUCUUUUGCGUAUAGCUUUCUCCAGAGUAGACCUCCGUGGCGUAACUAGCACUCAUACAAACACAGUGUAGGUGGCGGAUAAAGGUCCGUUUGUAUCUACAGACACAGUGCAUCACAGACAAGUAGCGUGGCAGACACCCACAGACACCGAAUAGAUCACAUUGCCCAGCAGGUAAAGACACUUAAAGUCCUUUUCAUGAAAGAAGUCCCCAGACGCGGCGCUAAUGUCUUAAUGACGCUCGUUGUCAUUUGGUAAUGGCGGCCUUAUUGUCAUUUGUGUAAGGCGCUGUCAAUUUCAGUUCAGGUUUCAUGACAGGACUAUACAAACAUGAACCGCUCAGACAAAAUAUUCUUUCCGCGAGUACUGGCCGGACGCAGCCCGCGUCUAUCAAAGUCUGCGCGGCCGCUUAACUAUAGAUAUAAAUACGUUUAUAAACACUAUAGAAGAAUAUUAUUUUGUCUGCCACGGCACAGGUCUGGUACGCUAAAUGUCUGUAGAUAUAAACGCACCUUAAAAGGGCGGAAGAUAAGGCCACGUAAUAACAACUGAGAGGAAUUAAAAUAUAUAUAUUGUAGAAACUAGUCAUCAAGAGCAGAUAGGUUAUGAAUUUAUUAAGUUUUGUAUUCAAUGCAGUUACGCCACUGAUCAGUUACGACGCACAGUGGGCGGGCAAGUCUUUACUUGAGUAGCGCGUUGUGAACCGUUAAGUAUUCGAUCGAAUCUUGAACCUCUGUUAAGGUGCUGAUAGACUUGAGCAUUCACUUGUAAUGAGCAUACGUGCGAAUGUUACAUCACAGAAAAAUACGAGAACAUUUUUCGGAGCAUUCUUGCGAGCAGAUUUGCUUAGAGCCUAUAUAUUAAAGACACCGGCAAGGAAUAUAUUUGACGAGCAUCGAAUAGAGCGGUCGCUUGAAUUUUCAAGAUGUUCGUGGCAACAUUUGGCUCGGCUCGUUGUUCAGUUCUGCAAAUAUAAAAACGGCAACUGCUCGAUGUUCUGUUACAACUGAAUGCUCAAGUCUGCAUCUUUAGAUAACGCGACAUGGCGCCGCUGUAAAAUCGAAUACCAUAUCAAAAUAAUAUAAUAAUCAAAAUAGAAACAGUAACGGGGGCUACCGCCGGACUACAGGACCCCUUACGUGGUACUUAAAAGCAAAAAAAUUGUAAAAAGUAAUCUGCGUAAUUAUUUAACCUGUUGGUGCUUCCUGAAAAAAAAUAUAAAAAAGCUGCAGAAAUUACCAAAAUAAAAAGCAAUACUUAGUGGUAAAAGAGUUAGGUAGAGUAAAUAAAAAACGAGAUUUUUCGGGAUUUGCCACUCGUCUAUUAGACCCCUAAAUAAUUGUUAUACAUUCUAAGGCACGCUACGCCACUGAACAGCAGUGACGUGCACUUAAUAGAUGCAAAAAUGCAUUGCCUACUCCAAGAACCCAAUACAAACCUAUGUUGUACCACAGAAUACAUAGUUGGACAACGCAUUUUCCAAUUUUUAAAGUGCAUACCCUAGUUCAAAACCUUACGCACGCCACUGCUGAACUGUACUAACAUGUGUCAUGAAAUAUUGAUAACUUGGUGGUGUAUGUGCAUCGCUAACUUAGCGAUCAGCAUUUGCGAGCUUACUAACAGUGUCUUAGUAACAGUUAUUCUGGAGAAGUUAUAGUAUGAAGAGGCUAUGAUUGGAAACUAACGUAAAGUCCGUUAGAUUGAGGCUAUUUUUUUAGCCCUAGUGUGAACAAACAAAAGAAGUAAAUUGUUCAUAUUUUUGUAACGUGCUACAACCAAUGAUUUUAUACUAUUAGACAUGACUGCGCGCGUUAAACUGAGGUAAACAAAGGUUCAUUUAGCAGCAUAGUAAACAACGAAAGUUAUUUAAACAAAUAAUACCUAGUUAUUGUCUACAAUGACGAGUUGUGUGUUCAGGAAGUGUAAAUACUGUAUGAACAUACAUAAAUGUAUGUAAACACAAAAUUGUGCGUGUGUGCGGUCAGUGGGGUAGCUUUACUCGAAUCACUUUUUGCGGUGAUUUUGUAGACACGUAACAAUCGUCUAAAAUCGUCUAAUAGUAUAAAAUCGUUGGCUACAACAUACAGAGAUGACGCAGUGAUCUUGCUCGCUAAUGUUGACAUAUCUGCUGGAUAAACGAUGUGUGAAAAAACAGUACUGCUUAGAUAUUGGAUAGAAGCAGGCGUUACUUUGCGGAAGUUCAUCAUGAUUAUAUAAUGAUUUAUUUAUUUUGCUAUCAUCCGCGAAACUCUACAACGUGCAAUUGCACGUUGUAGAGUCAACAUCUCCUGAGGAUGCUCCGGUUUCGGGGUGAAACGUACGUAGAGAGUAUUUUGUCGGACCUGGCUGACGUUGUCGCAUGGGUUCGUCGACUUUUCGCGGAUGAUAGCAAAAUAAAUAAAUCAUUAUAUAAGUACUGCUUAGCUUUUUAUGUAGUGCACAUAGGGUUGCCAGGUCGCCGAAAUUAAAAGCCGGACAGUCUAGUCAGUAUGGCCUGACAUUUGGGUAAAAAGGCCGGACAGCCUACAUUAUUGAGAAUUUUGUGUACAUCAAUAUUAAUAUGUACGACAAUUUUUUUUUGUGUAAAAUCAAGCAUUCAUGAUUAUUACCCACACACACUCGUCGUUAACUCGUUUGCUAAGCGUUAAGCCUAACAAAAGUCGGACAUGCCGGACACUGUUUAUUUUGGCCGGAAAUGGAAUGGAAAAGCCUAAUUAUGUCCGGUUUUAUCUAGACACCUGGCAACACUAAGUUCACAGGCUCUUUGAGAACAGCACCAUUCUUUGUUUUUUAGAGUUUAACUUUAACAGUAUUAAAUAGUAAUUACAUACUAUUGUAUGGUAUGUUUGAAGCAUUAAACCCUAUUCAUAUUAAUAUUAACCAACAUAUAAUUAUGUAUUACAGAAAUUACUGUUACAGUUAAAUUAAACAACAAAGUUUUUCUGCCAUGUGUUUUGUUAUAAUUAAUUUCCAAUAAUACUGAUUGAUUCAAUAUCGUUUUUAUUGUUAUAUAUGAACUUUGUUUACAUUUUACACCAUUAUAUACAAUAUCUAAAAGUUUCCAAUAAAAAGCAAUAUUUUCCAGACAGAUGAAAGAUAAAGUAUUCUUAAAGA